AUUGUUGGGAUAAAAAGUAUUAUAAAACCAGAUAGUCUUGUUAAAAGAGGUUCUGUUAAAAGUGAAAUUGUUAGUAUGAAGAACCUUGUUGGGACAGUAAGUAUUGCUAAGGCAGAAGCUUUUGAGACAGAAAACUUUGAGACAAGAAACCCUAAGGCAGAGAACUUUGAGACAGAGAACUUUGAAGCAGAGAACUUUGAGAUAAGGAACUUUGAGACAGAGAACUUUGAGGCAAAAAACUUGAGAGUAAAGAACUUUGUAGCAAAAAACUUUAAAACAGAAGUUCUUGGAAUAAAGAAUCUUGAGAUAAAAAACUUUGAAGUAGAAAUGUUGUUGGAAAAAGAAAUCUAA